CUCUACACAUGUCAACCUCACACCUAAGCCCGGAGCAGAGCAGUGCUUUGUUCGACCUGCUAACCCAUCAUGCAACCUACGACGAGAUCUGUCAUUUCAAAACACCUGCCGCUAUCCAAGAAUACGGUCCUCCAUUCCAAGACACCAAGAAAACAUCCUCUCCCAUCCUCCAGUCGCUUCUCUCCAAGUUCAUCCUACCGCUACCAGGACUACGCGACGUCUCGCCCGAUUUCUGGAAGGUCCGAAUCGAGAACAUUAUAGAAGAGCUGGCAGCUGCAAACUUGAGCGAGAGUUAUGACAAGGGUGUUCUGGGUAUUCGAAAGACUCUGGCCACUGCCAUCUCGGCCUUGAUAGAAUACCCGGCGAGAGGAUGCUAUGGAGGCAUCAAGAAAGACGAGUCCGCACUGAAGGACCAACACUUUGACCCCACCAAGCCUGACGAUGUCUUGCGUGCGUGGUAUGUCUUUAUGCAGCAGUUGGUCUACGGUGACCUGUUCGAGAAGCUGUUCGCCAAGGCUGCAGAGACAGACGACCUUUCAAAACACGAUUCUCUUGUCCAAGCAGCACAUGAGUUUGUUGUCGUAAAUCUUGCAUCUUUCAUGCACUACACUCUCGUCGUUAGUCCCGAGGGUCCGUCAUUGCUCCGUAUGGUCGAGAACGUUCACAAGCUUGCACCGUAUACCUUGAUGAGACAGACCCUGCGUGUCGGCAAUGUUGCUACCAUGAUUAAUGGCAUGGUCAAGUUGAUGCUUGCCAAGGUGAGUGUCGGUACUUUGACCAACUGGAUGGGUAUCAGCAGUGGAGCAGACGAAGGCAUGAACUUGAUGCAACAGAUCAUCUCCACUGUUCUUGGCUGGGACAAGAAGGAGCUUAGAAAGCGACUGGAAAAGAUCGAAAAGGACAAGGAUGCACCAUCCAAGGAACAGCGCGAAGCCUUGAAAGAGUGGAUGGACCAAAGCCGACAAGAGCAAGAAGAAACUCGCAAGAGAAGUCAAGACCAGUCCAUGUCGAUUGUCUCGACCAUCUUGUCACUAUCGUCGGCAAGCCCAGAUCUCAACGAAAAGCAGCACAAACUGGCGCUCGAGUACCUGUCCCUAAGCUUGGCCGUCCGAGACAGAAACAAGAUCAUCGACGUCCUCUGUCAUCACAGCCCUGAUCACCUCACCCAAGCUGUACGCGACGGUGUAUCUGCUUACGAGCCCAUGAUCAGACAAGUCCACCAAGCAGUUGAUCUCAGCGCAACCGUCGCAGACUUCCAAGCCUUCAUGGACGACAUGAUCAAGGUAGCCAAGCCCAAGAAGGAUGGCAAGCCACCAAGUGUCGAGGACUUCGUACACCUCUUGCACAGCCACAUGGGUGCCUCGCAUCGCUUCAUCCAUCAAGUUGCCAAGAAUGGUCCGGAAGUCACUCAGUGGUUCAAGGACUACGUACACAAGGCAUCCGCCAACUUCAGGCAAGAACACACUUCCCCAUCAAUCUUCGACUCUCUCUCCACAGCAUUUGAUGGACUCAAACCCGACGAGCAAGAGAAGGUGCGCAAAGAAGUUGACGCAUCAGCCAAAUACCUGGAUGAGUUGUACGCAUCAUCCGCUGCUAGAAUCAGCGACGUGAUCUCCAACAAGGCAUCAACACCAUACGGACCCGGAGCCUAUCUGGCUAGAUGGCAGGAACUACUCGACUCUACCCUGGUGACCCCCGAGACGGCCAAGGGACCUGUCCGCAAGGGUGCCAGCAGUAGUGUCAAGCAAGAGGCCAGAAGGGACGUUGAUGGUGAAAUCAAGGAGUCUGGUGUUGAGCUCAAGCAGGCGGACAAGAUUGUCAGUGACAAGACACCUGCAGCCCCAUCAGCGGAGAUGACGAUCAAGCUGUUGAGUCCGAAGUUUAGAGAGCUUUUGCAAUCUGCGAAAUGAUGAGUUAUGAUGAGUGCAUGAAGCCGCGGGCUUUGAGGUGGUGGUUACGACAGGACGGACCUCUUCAUUAUUAACUAGAAAGAUACCCCUUUUUACCUAUUAUGACGCUUUCUACCUAAUCUCAAU